ACAGCUGACGCCACCUUGGGAUUUUCUCGUAUAAAGAACAAGUUGCGUUCACCUCUUUCUUCUGCUCAAUCCGGCUGUCACCAGGCCAGCUCAAUACGCCCUGGAAACCAUAUAUCCGACAGUGGCUUUGGGCAUUUCGAGGGAAACAUCGUAUUAAAACUGGACAGAAUAUCGACAAUGGACCAAUCAGCUGGACGAGCCGCUGACGGAAACUGUGUAAACUUCCUGGCCCAGUUUCGCGACCCAGCCACGCUUGGCUUCAAGCGUGUAACUUCAGCAGACUUUUUGGCUUGUUGGAAGCACUACGACAAAGAUAACAGUGGCUACCUCGAGGGCCAAGAAUUGGAUGGCUUUCUUCACGAGUUUAUCGCCAGCGUGAACACAAACGCAGAUGCUGCUGUUGGCGCCCAGGCCUUGUCGCCCGCUGCCAUGGAAGAACUGAUGAAAGACAUUAUGCUGGCCUACGAUGAGGAUGAGGAUGGACGAAUCAGUGUGGCGGAGUUGGCUCAGAUCCUGCCUACAGAUGAGACUUUUCUUGUUCUCUUCAGCCGUGACAAUCCGGUCUCCUCGAGUGUCGAGUUUAUUCGUGUCUGGCGUGCCUACGAUCCCGAAAAUCGAGGCUUCAUUGAGUCGGGCCAGUUGUCCGAGUUUCUGGCUAGUUUACUCGAAAAGGUGAACAGACGUGUGGACGAGCAUCAGCUCAAGGAGUACACACAGACCAUCCUUCGCCUCUUCGAUGCCAAUGGAGAUGGCCGGCUUCAAUUGAGCGAGAUGGCUCGUCUCCUACCGGUCCGUGAGAACUAUCUACGAAGACCGCUUUUUAAGAGUGCCUCUCGACUCACCUCCAGAGAAAUUGAGCGCAUUUUUCACAAAUACGACAGUGACGGAAAUGGAAUGCUGGAAAAUGAAGAGCUUGAUGGAUUUCUGAAAGAUCUACUUGAAGCGGUUGGAGAUGAUGUCGAUGAGACAAAGCUGCAGAAUCUGCGAUCAGCAGUGCUAGCCCAAUGGGAUGUCGAUGAUGACGGCAAGUUAGGCAAGGAGGAAUUAAGCACCCUUUUGAUACACAGCUCAAGAAUGGCUCAGGAGGCGGAGGUUCUUUGGCGGGGAGUAUUGGAUGAAGAGAAGACGGAGAAAAUUGAAUAA